AGUGAAUCUCCAAGACACCACAACAGUGGCAGAGAAAGAGAAGGCAAAAGAAAAUCAUAUAAUCAACCUUGCCAUGAUAAUGUAGAUAGUGAUGAUGAUUCUCAGCACUUUUAUAACACACGGUGGUUUGACCCAGGUAGCUCGUUAGCUCAAUCCAUUCAUUCUCAAUCAUCUGUUCUUUGCCGACCCUGUAGUAGACAUGUCUUAAGAGACCUGUCUUGUCAUUCCAAGUAUCGAUUUCUAUAUCGUGGAGGGUUUACUGAAGAAUAUGGAAGUGCUAAAACCAACAAUAAGCAUUCAACAGUCUCAUCAUCAACCAGUUCAGAGUCAAUAAAUAGGAAGAGGAAAGAAGUACCUGGUAUUAACUUUCAACAAGAAUUUCCAUCUUUACACGGGGAAGCUUCUGACAUCUCAUCCAGCCAGCCACUGCAAGUAAAUGGUGGAGUUUGGAAAAAUCCUGUGAAUGCCAAAGUGCAUGGAACAAUUCUCACUAAGAACAUUCAUCUGAUACAAAGGCCUGUCAAAUCUGAGUUAGGAACGGAAAUGCGAAACAAAAGUUUAUCUGGAGUUAACAGUUCACUGGGUAUUACAGCAAGUAGUCAAGAACCAUCUUCUGCAUCCAUUGCAAGUCGAUCAAGAUACUUCUUGCCCAAGGCUAUUGUUCCUGCUAAACAAAACUCAAGCACGAAGAAGCCAGUCAGAGAAAGUGUAUUAUUGUCAUCAAAAGAAAUAAUGACCAAUGGAUUUGAAAUAGCUGGAUUGAACAGUGCUACGUCUUUAUCUCAACCAUUGUUAAACUCCUCUAGCAGACAUCAUAUGGAAAUCCUAAUAAAGAAUCCCAAAGUUAGAGGAAACAAAAGUGAAUUUCUGAAAACUCUACAGACUAACACUUGCAGCAUGAAUGAAGUAUAUGAGAAAGGUGAGAAUCACCACAACAGGCAUGGUGGAAACAAAACUGAAGAUGAAGAAGAGUUGUUUGAGCUCCACAAGAGAGAAAAUUAUGUGAAUGGAAUCAACAUAGAAAAGAUGUCUGUUAAAGAUGAUGAGGAAUCUGAAGAUAUCAACAUGUUGUCAAGUUCCCUUGAGGCUGAAGAAAGGCUCCUUAGAGAAAUGGGCUGGAAAGAAGAGUGUUUAGAUGAUGAUAACUAUGCACCCCUUACAGAAGAGGAAUUGAAAGAAUUUCAUAGUUUAACACAGAAGCUUCAAAUGAAUGAGGGGAAGAAUGGAAUACAGAGAAAUUUCCAUCGCAGUUGGAGCCCCGGGCACAUUCCACAAUUCAAAAAUGUUCUUUCUGUUGAAACAAACUGGUCCAGCUCAUCAGACACUGACUCUGACUGAUCUUUUUGUUUUCUAUUUUGCUUGUUGUUUGGUAUAAUAACUUCUUACAUGUACUUUUGUUUCCAUCUUUUCAAGGUGUAUUAUACUAGGGAAACAAAAGUUUUUCAUUGUGAUACUUCAGUCAGAAGUUCAACAAAAUUCCUGUUGUAAGGCUUAGCAAAUAGAAUAAUGCUUACUUUUAUUUCACUGAUGUAACCCUUAAACUGUUACUUGUAUUUUUAAAUUCUUUUUAAGGUUGUUUCGUGUACAUGAAAAGUUUAAAAAAUCUUAAUAUGAAAACUGUAAAAUAAAAGGUUUUUGAGACAUACCAUUUGUCAAGAGUUAAAACAGUGACAAAUAUGCAGUUGCUGUUUUAUGUACACAUAUGGUGAUACAUAACGGAAAAUUACUUCAUUAGUGUGAGGCUAUACAUACAUAAGACAGUUUUAUCAAUCAAUUAGCAAA